UAAAGCCAGUCGUACAGCGAGUGAAGGCCCUCCGACUGUCCUGGAAGACUUCGAGGUGGUCAAGGUAAUAGGGCGAGGGGCGUUCGGCGAGGUGUGCGUCGUCAAACUCAAGGGAACUGACCGAGUCUUCGCCAUGAAGAUCCUCAACAAGUGGGAGAUGCUCAAGAGAGCGGAGACUGCGUGUUUUCAUGAGGAACGUGACGUACUGGUGUAUGGAGAUCGUCGGUGGAUAACUAAUCUGCAUUAUGCCUUUCAAGACGAUAGUAACCUGUACCUGGUGAUGGAUUACUAUUGUGGAGGGGACUUGCUCACAUUACUAAGUAAAUUUGAGGACAGACUCCCUGAGGAUAUGGCUCGCUUCUAUAUUGCUGAAAUGAUUCUUGCCAUUGAUUCAAUACACCAAUUAAGAUACGUCCAUCGAGACAUCAAACCGGACAAUGUGCUACUCGAUGCUAAUGGCCACAUACGACUAGCAGAUUUUGGAUCAUGUCUACGGCUUCAGGAGGACGGGACGGUACAGAGCAAUGUAGCAGUAGGGACGCAUUAUAUAUCUCCGGAAAUCCUCAGGGCAAUGGAGGAUGGCCAGGGUCGGUAUGGCCGCGAGUGUGAUUGGUGGUCGUUGGGUGUGUGUAUGUACGAGAUGCUGUUUGGAGAAACCCCCUUCUAUGCAGAGUCAUUGGUGGAAACAUAUGGAAAAAUAAUGAAUCAUAAGAAUUGUUUCGAUUUCCCAGCUGAACUUGGCUAUGAUGUUACUGAAGAAGCGAAAGAACUUAUGAGACAACUUAUAUGUGCGUCAGAGUACCGAUUAGGAAAGAAUGGCAUUAGUGACUUUAAGAAUCAUCCAUGGUUUGCGGGUGUUGACUGGGAAACGUUAAGAGACAGCACAGCACCCUACAUCCCCGAAGUUUCCAGUCCCACUGACACGAGCAAUUUUGAUGUUGAUGACUCGGAGGCUCGGAGCCAGGAUGCCUGCCCCCCUCCUGCAAAUGCUGCCUUCAGUGCUCUACAUUUACCUUUUGUGGGCUUUUCAUUUACUCAGGGAAGCCAAAUCGGUGACAAGGGAUGUUUGCUAACCCUAUCACUCACUGCGUCGGUACAUGUUGGUACCUCAUCCGAUGUGAUAUCCUACGAGAGACGGAUUAAAUGUCUUGAGUCGGAAAACAGAGAAUUAGUAAAGAUAGCGGAUAGACUAGAUGGAAGUGCUGGUCCAACUUCCAGUGAUGAAGUAAAGAAAUUAGUUGAUCAGGUGCAGACUCUCACUAAGCAAAAUCAAGAACUAUCGUAUGAGAUGUCUAGUUUGAAGAGACGAGCGACAGACGGAAUAAGUGAGACAGACACAAAGAUGAAGGAAAUAGACCGUCAAUUAAAGGCGACAGCUCAGGAGAAAGAGAACCUUGGAAGAGAAAUGGCAGAUAUGGAAGAAAAGUUGAGGCUACAAACAAAAGAACUACAAGAUGCAUUGACCCAAAGAAAGCUGGCCAUGUCAGAGUACAGUGAAGUUUCAGAUAAACUAACAGAACUAAGAAAUCAGAAGCAAAAACUGUCCAGACAAGUUCGGGAUAAGGAAGAAGAACUAGAAACAGCGAUGCAAAAAAUUGAUACAUUGAGACAAGAUCUACGUAGAGCUGAAAAACUGAGACGUGAACUAGAGGGUCGGUCCGAGGAGGCUGAAGCAGAGGCAAGUAAAGAACGCAAGUUAAGAGAACGUUCAGAAGAAUACACGCGGAAUAUGGAAGGUGAACUAGAGAAGAUGCAACAAAGACCACAAGGCCGAAGUCCAUCUCUCAACUCUAUGGAGGCUUCACAAGAAGUCACAAGAUUAAAAUCUGACUUAGAACGAGUUUGUGUUGACCAGGAAGAGAGAGCACAGCAGCAGGCUUUACGCCACAGCCAUGAGAUGUCUGCUAUGAGAGACCAGCUCUCAGAAGCAGAGUCUGCAAAGAACACACUCCAAAAUGAGGUGGCUGUGUUGACAAAGAAAGUGGAGCAACUACGUUGUGACCUGGAGAAGCGUUCUGAAGAACAGGAAGACUCGGUGAUGGAUGUGAAGCGUAGACAUGACCGGGAAAAGGCAAUGCUUCUUGAUGACAAUAAAAAACUAUUAGGAGAUGUGGAAAGGCUCACUGAGAGUUUGAACAGAAUGCAGAAUGAGAGGCGAUCACUUGAAGAAGAGUAUGAUGAUCUAAGAAAUAAAAAGGAGUCCAUAGCCCAGUGGGAGGCACAGAUCACAGAAAUUAUUCAGUGGGUGAGUGAUGAGAAAGAUGCCCGUGGUUACCUUCAAGCUCUUGCUACACGAAUGACAGAAGAACUUGAGACCCUAAAGGUAUCAGGAGUUGUUGGUAGUGGGUCUUCAGUCUUAGCACCUCCAGAGAAGAACUGGCGGAAUCGUCGUUCUCAAAAGUUAGACAAAAUGGAACUGUUGAACUUACAGUCAUCUCUCAACUCUGAGAUCCAGGCAAAACAGGUCAUAUCAGAAGAGCUAAGCAAAGUUCGUGCGGAUUUGGUCGCAGCACAGAAGGAUGUCCGGGAAUAUAAACAACGAUACGAUACCAUGUCUCGAGAAAACAUACGAAAAGAGAAGCAAGUACGGGAUCUUCAGACUCGACUAGAAGCUGGUGAGGGCUCUGCCACGCAGGAACGCAAGACUCGAAAGUUUGGGUCUAUCGGAAGAAGUAUGUUUGGUUUUGUGUUGGAACGUCCAGCAUCGCAGAUGUCCUUCCUGGAGCAGUUUUUGAAAGAGACAUCACUACGGCGACGAGAAUCAUUGGACUCAGAGGAAGGAGACGUGGAGGACGAAGGAGCUCCUUCCGUCCCCUCCCUAACAUCAUCACGAUCUUUUGUCAGUCAGGAGCAACUUGGAUCCCCUCACAUGGAGUCUCGUCCCCUGCCGCCACUUCCCCAGACCGCUGCCAACCUUCCUCCUGGGGUAAUGCCUACAAUGGCCCAUCACCAGGCUACUGCCAUGGGCAUGUCAGGAGGCAGCAGUAGUAGUGGUGGUGGACCAUCUCCACAUAUGAUGAAGCAAAAGGCCCAUCAGUUCCUAGUUCGCUCCUUUAGCAAUCCUAUCAAGUGCUCUCAUUGCACAUCCCUUAUGGUUGGCCUUACACGUCAAGGGGUAGUGUGUGAGGUCUGCGGCUUUGCCUGCCACACUACUUGUAAGGAAAAAGUGCCGCAAAUUUGCCCUGUGCCUCCUGACCAGACCAAGAGACCAUUGGGUAUUGAUCCUACUCGAGGCAUUGGUACAGCGUAUGAAGGUUUUGUAAAAGUACCAAAGCCUGGAGGGGUCAAAAAGGGAUGGUCAAGACAGUUUGUUGUUGUAUGUGAUUUCAAGCUCUUCCUCUAUGAUAUUUCACCCGAGAGAAAUGCCUUACCAAGUGUGUGGGUAAGCACAGUCCUUGAUAUGAGAGAUGACCAAUUUGAAGUUUCAACGGUUCGAGACUCGGAUGUAAUACAUGCUAACAAGAAAGACAUCCCCUGUAUAUUUAGGGUAACGACUUCCUCUAUGGUGGGAGUGAGACACCACACUUUAAUGCUUGCAGACACUGAAAAUGAAAAAACCAAAUGGGUAGUGGCGUUAAAUGAAUUACAUCGGAUACUGAAGAGAAACAGAUUACCCAAUAGACAGAUAUUCACUGCCCAUGAAGUUGUUGAUGGAAGUGUAACACUGAUAAAAAAUGCCGUGUGUGGUACAGUCAUUGACCCAGACCGUCUUCUGUUGGGUGCUGAAGAAGGUCUUUUCUGCAUUGACCUCGACAAUUGUGAAAUUGCACGUAUAGGUGAUGGUAAAAAGAUUGUGAGCCUUGAGUACAUCGGAGAAGAACAGCUGAUAAUGGUCAUAGCAGGACGGCAGCGGCAAGUAAAAUUGAUUCCUGUCAGAGCCCUUGGUGGUGAUGAAGUUGAGUGGAUUAAGGUGUCAGAAACAAAGGGUGCCAUUGCUUUUACUACAGGGAAGUUUCGUACUCCAGGCACUGUUGUCUUCACUUACUGUUUAUGUGUAGCUGUUAAAAGACAAAUUAUUAUAUAUGAAAUCAACCGAGCCAAGGGUCGACACAAACUGUUCCGUUCUAUCCUGCUGCCUCAGCCACCCCAAAGCCUCGAUAUCUUGGGUGACGGACGGCUUGCAGUGGGCUUCCAAUCUGCCUUCACCAUAUACUCUAUUCUUGGUGACCAACACCCUCUAUCCCUGGUUCAUCCAGAUAGCCAAUCACUAGGCUUCCUCUCUAUGACACAGUGUGAAGCUCUGAGUUGUAUCGAGGUAACGAGGGGGGAGUAUCUAUUAGUGUUCAACCUUUUGGCUGUCUAUGUUGAUGCCUCAGGUCGCAAGAAUCGUGAGAAGGAGCUGAUGUACCCUGCCAUACCUACAGCUGUUGCGGUCUGUGAUGGGCUUCUACUGGUCUACAGUGAUAUUCACAUAGACGUAUUUGAUGUAUUGUCUGGAGACUGGGUUCAGACCAUCAACCUCAAACGCACCAAGCCUCUAAUGCGAACUGGGAUCCUCAAUAUGGUCAUGAUCAGUGACCUGCCACAUGUGGCCUACCUCAGGAACUUGCACAAAGAGGAAAUUGUAAGAACGGGUUUAGACGCCAAUGGUCGACCGAAGUCUAGAAGAAAAUUCUCAAUGCGGGAAAACAGUAAAGCCACUCGCACAACCGAUAGACGCAGCAAACUGAUAUCAGGACCCACUAAUUUCAAUCACAUCAGUCACAUGGGCCCAGGAGACAGCAUAGAGAUCCAACGCCUAGUUGACCUGCCCUCCCGAAUCAGUACUGCUGCUGAUCAACGCACACAACACACACAGUCCAUCCAUAGGGUACGCAGUAUGCUUCAAACAAGUGGAAAGUUAGCCCCACCAAGACUACCCCAGGGACCUGAGCCUCCUCGCCGCUCCUUCAGUCAUCAGCCACUGCCACAACCUCAUUAUUCCAAUGUUCAUAAUGGUAGUGGACCUCCACCAAUGCCUGGCUCUAUACGUCGGCCAGGAAUGCCUCCCUUACCGCCCACCUCAGCUCCACAGCACCUGCCUCCACAACGCUCACCAGAAGAACCUCGUCAUCAGAUUAUUCAUCAAUUACAAGAGCAAGAGUGUGGAGAUACCUCACCACGUCACUCCAUUGCCUCCAACACCAGUAGUAAUCUCUCCUCUCCACCUUCACCUGGUCGACCCCCCGACCACCACUCAUCGUCCUAUGACUCAUAGGGAUACGUCUGGCCUGGUGAGAGACUAUGAGCAGGUCCCUCACAGGCUGGCAGACAUGGGCUGCCAAUUUUAUGUUUAGUAGAAUUGUUUACAAAAACUUAGUGGAGGUAUCUGCUCAAAUUAUAUUUAAAACUGUUAUUUCCACGACAAUAUAUAUUUUAGGUUUUAUUGAUAAAGUUAAAUAUGGGAAUAUUUAAAUUAGUAGUACUUCUACAUCAUGUCACAAUUUUAAACCUAAUAUUGCCAAUGACAGUAUGGUCACAAAUCAAAAAGCAGCAGGACUUGUGUUCUGAAGCUAUCCCUGGCCCAAGUCGGCUGUUGCCGCACCAGUCCACUUUGUGACAGUGGAGAUACUUAAUCAAAUACAUACAUGGUAUGCAGGUAUUGACUAUCUUUUCAUGAAGUGUAUUUUAAUCACUGCUUGUAUCAUAGUCCACCAGGUACUGUAUCUACUGAGAGAUGCCUGAGUACUUACAAAAACAUUUAUAACUUAAUGGAAAAUGGUAAAAAAACAUUUCAAGUGUACAAAUAUCUGGUUGUUACUAUCAUACAAGUACUGCUUAAGAAUGAAGGGUUAUUCUGGAAGAUCCAGUGUAAAGAAAAAUGGGCAGCUAUGAAGAGAUUCAUGCUACCUGUUGGUGCUUUGUCAUGCAACAUAUAUUGGAUUUAGGAAUUAUAAAAUUACAUUUAUUAAUAUUGUAUCUUAUAUAUUAUUUAUAUAAGAUCUUUGUUGACAAUUUAUAGAAAUUGGGUCGUAUCUAUUGUUUCAUAUACUGUACUCUAAUAUAACUGGUUGUUUUUCAAAAGCUUCUGCUAGUCAUUCUUUUACUCUUAAGUGUAAACUCAAGCCCAAAGAAACUGAAUAAACUGAAAUAAACACUUGGUGAGUAUGUAUCAAAUUGUUAUAAGGGCACAAUAUAUAAAGUGUGGGUGCUGUGAAGGUAAGUAUUGUAGCAAUACUGAACUAUUGUAGCCAUGGUUGCCAGGGUGUCACACAUACGGUGUGUUUAGGGUGAUGGCUAACUUCUGGGGCUGGAUGUUAUAUGAAAAUUGCAUAUUGUCUCAACCUUUUAGCUAUGAAGAACCAGAAUGUUGUUAACAGGAAUAUUUAUGAGUGAAGUGUAAUUAAAAGAAAAAGAUUGUGACAGUAUGUGGACUUUGAGGUUAUUUUUCGUGUAGGUUGGCUUGAACUGCUCAUGGUCCUUGGAGAACUUCCCAUGUGGACUGUCAGUGAAUGAUGCCUUGCCAUGCAUGUCAUUACUUCUUUUGUCAAUCUCAUAUUUACUUGUGAACCGAAUUAAUAUUUUCAUAGAUCCAGGCCCUGAGUAAUGGGCCAAGGAGGAGGUCAAGAAUUAUUCUUGCUGAUUGGCAUUUUAAACGGUGAAACUGAUAUAAACAUUGGUGAUCUCUGAAGAAAACAUCAACUCGUUUGAUGUCUAGGUUUUGAAAUCAUGCAAGAAAGACUAAUAAAAAUUCAGACAUAAAAAGUUGGGUUGGCAUUAACCUACAUUCGCUCGGUGAAUAUUAAUUUAUUUAUAACAAAAGUGGUAACGGUGAAUGUGGACAUGUGAUAAUGACAUUGUAUUUGGAAAAUCUCUUGUUAACUACAGAUUAAAGCAAUAUUGAGGAAAUGUUAGGAAUCAAGUGCGUGUUAAACCAGGUUCUUCAUAUCGAGAAAUACAGAAGAAAAAUAUUGUGGUGAUUCUGUCAGCCAGAACCAAAUUUUUACAGAAAUUUAAGAUGGAAACUGCUCCAGGAGGGACAUACAGUAAUUUAUAGUUUGAGAAUCAUUCCUUGUCAGUGUGAUCUGUACGUAGAUCUGACUUCAAGGUUGUAAAUGUGACACUUAGUAGCUGAGCCUAAGGUUCUUAUCAGAGACAAAUUUUCAUGUUUACAAUAGUGAAGCUGAGCCUUAUUGAUGAGAGUACCUAUGGCACAGAUCCACUGAAUGUGUCAAAUUAUUCUUGAUAAUAGUUUUGUGUUAGGGGAGCUUUAACUAGUGGUCCCUAGUGUGUUGGUGAAAAAGUUGUGACUUAACCUCCUGACUGAGUGUUUGGUGUGGUUCUGGUGAAGAUUCCAUUUUAGGUGUCAUUGCUUAAGGAUCAUUAUGUGCUUAGUGAUUUUAGGUUUUUGAGGUCAUUUGGUCAAUACUCCAGGUUUUGCUACUAGCUUUGAAUUGCCUUGAUAUUGUUAUAAGGCUUUGGGCAUCAUGAUUCUUAAGCUAUGAUAAUGAUUUGUUGAUAUUCUUCCUCCCCCUCCCUUUUCCCCUACCCACCCUGAUUCUGAUGGUUAACAAGUUUAAUGUUUCUCAACUCCUGUUGACAACAGAGAGUAUAGAUAUCAAUAGAAAUUGAUUGAUUGUUCAGGAAUUUAGUAGCUGUAUGUAAAGUAUUAUGAUUAGUUGCUUAUGUAUAAAGCAAAUAAUUUUUUAGUGUUCUUGCCAAUCAACAUAAGUCGUGCAAAUGUUGUCACUGACUUGUAAAUCUUGUCAAGGGUAUUUAAAUUAAUGUCCAUUAAUUUAUUAGGCAUUGAACUAUACUUCAUACUUUUUCAUGAAAGCUUAAGGAUUCUAUGCUGUCGAGUCUUUUAUGUAAGUACAAUAUGUAAAUAUGUUACCCUAGUGAUUCUGUUCCAAGAAAAUUUAUGAAUACUGACAUUGUAAAUUCAUAUUUCCGCUCGUGUAUUGUAGUCUGUAAUUUAUGAUUUGAAUGGCCAUGUUACAACGGCCCUGUGUAUACUAGCUUUUGUAAAAUAGACAUUUUUAGAAAUAUGGCAAUAUUAUUAUGGGUGAAAAUA